GAGGUCAAAAGAAGAAGAGGAGGAGGAAGGCGCCAUCAAAACACAAGAGGCAAGAUCAUUCAGGGACGGAAAAGUUUGGUUAAAAUCGUGACUGUGGGAAUAAGGACACAUAACAAGGCAUCGUGAAUAGAAAUAUCAAGAGGAAGAGAAGAUAAAGAGUACUAAGAGGAGGGAUCACUGUUGCUUUAGAGGAGGAGAAGAGAGAGAAAAGGCUGAAGCAAAACGUGUCUUACCUGUCAACUUCUACCGUUCUUGAUUUUUGAUUGUCUUGGUUCGUAAAAGAAGAUAAGAGUACCAAGAGGAGGGAUCACUGUUACCUUAGAGGAGGAGAAGAGAGAGAAAAGGCUGAAGCAAAAACGUGUCUUACCUGUCUUGAUACUUACUUACAUCUUGGUUCGUAAAUCAAGAUAAAUAAACAAGUAAACAAAUAACAUCACUAAGAAGAACCACACACAUAACUAAGAAAACGCAGAAGAGCCUAAGUCAGUCCUGCGUCUGUUCCCCGACCCUCACUGCCCCUGGUGCAGGACCGUCGAGGACACCAUUGAGCACCUCCUGCUGCACUGCCCACACUUCCACUCCCAGCGAGUGCUGCUCCGACACCAACUCCGCACCCUGGGCGUCCCCACCUUUGACCUGCCCACGCUGCUGGCGGCGGCAGGCGUCCACCCCUCACGGCAGGAACCUGUCAUCCGCCUCACCUGCGCCUUCCUCAGGAAGACGGGGCAGCUGACGCGCCUGUGAAGCCCUCACAGGACGACACCAGGGCUCAUGUGAGUGACUAGAUCGCCACGGCCCUAAACAACAACAACAACAACAACAAAACAAUGUCUUGACUCAUCUUUACCUGUGGUCUACGUGAAUUAACUAACUGAUCAAUCUUUCCCUGUAGUUCGUAAAUAAAGGUGUAAGCAAAUAAGAACAAGAGGAACCACACACACCACACCAGAGGAUAAACACAGAAAGACAACAAACCCACAUUUCGUGUUUACUAGGAAAAAAACACCCUGGCCUAACCCACCUUCACCUCUGCAGUUCUACCUUGCAUGUGGGUAAUAAAACGAAUACACUUGUGAUGGAAAAUGAGGACUCUACAUCAAUGCCGAGGAGUCAAGACACAACAGAAAGCCCAAAUGAAGUGCCUGAAACCAUAGCCAGCAGCAAUAACAGCUUAGAUAUGGAGAAUGAGGGUGAUACAGACUCAAGCUCGCAGAAUAUCCAAAUCACUGAGAAAGCUUUGCAGGAGGAGGGGGUGUCUGAUCCUUCCCCUAUCCAGCCUGCGAGUGUAAAGGAAACCAAUGACAGGGAGAGUGAGGUAAACAGUCGGGAUAAUGAAGAAAGUGAAGCAGAAGUGGACUUAACCUUAAACAGUCAGCCUGAAAGCCCUAACUCAUGUACAGGAAGGGACAGUUCGGAUAUGGAAAGCGAGGACUGUGGUGUUAUGAGUAAGAACACAUUGCAGAGUCCAGAUAUGGCAGGAGAUGAAAAAGUGACCAUAGCCUUAACCAGCCAGCCUCAGAGUCCUAAUUCAUGUACUGGAAGGGACAGUUCGGAUAUGGAAAGUGAGGACUGUUUGGUUUCGAGUGAAAAAACGUUGCAGAGUCCAGAUAUGACACGAGGUAAAGAGACGACCGUAGCCUUAACCAGUCAGCCUGCAAGUCCUAGCUCGUGUACAGGAAAGGAUAGUUCGGAAAUGGAAAGCGAGGACUGUGGUGUUAUGAGUGAGAAAACGUUGCACAGCCCAGAUAUGGCACGAGAUAAAGAGACAUCUGUAGCCUUAACCAGUCAGCCCAAAAGUCCUAACUCCGAUAUCGAGAAAGGCAACACGGUUAUGGAGAGCGAGGAAUGUGGUGGUGAAACAGUUAACAGUCCGGAUACGACACAAGGCGAGAAAACUGACUUGCCUUUAUCCACUCAGUCAGACAGUCCGAACCCUGAUAUAGAAAGUAGUAGCACCAUUAUGAAGAGUGGAGACUGUGGUGGCAUAGCUGUGAUCAGUCCAGAUGCAACACAAGGCGAAAAGACUGACUUGCCUUCACCCACUCAGCUUAACAGUGAAAACAGCUUGGAUAUUGAAAGUGAAAGGUGUGAUGCUACUCUAACAACUGAACACACCACUCCAUCAAGCCCUCUAGAAGCAGCGUUACCCUCACCCAGCCAGUCCAGCAGUCAUGACAACACAAGGAUGGAGGGUGAGGGUCAUGCAGUCACAGAAAACAAUAUCAGAAGCCCUCCGUUAAGCCCCAUGGAGACAGCCUUACCCCUACCCUUUGCUUCUGAGUCUAGCGGUAACGUCGACAGCCCUAGUACAGAGAGUAAUGACUGUACUCUUGCCACCCAUAUGGAUCAAAAUGCCAUGUUAUCAAGUCCUCCAGAGGCUUCUAUACCCACAGUUAAUCAGGAGAAAGAAGUAGAAGAGACGAUGAUACCCAGAGACAGUUCCUUGCACCCAUCACCACUAACACCAAUACCCACUACCACUACCACACAGGAGGGCGAUUCAUGUCAUCCGGAAGCUGGAGAGAAUAAGAACGAGAUGAAAAACGAGCGGAAAGUCAGAAGAGGAAUCAAGCGGAAAACACCAUCGGCUAGUAAAGGAAUUCAAACCUCCAUACACCUCCUCGACUCCAAUAGUGUUUUCCGUGAUAGAGUUGUCGACCUCCAAAUGCUGAAGAGGGAAUCUGGAGUCGUGUGUGUCGAGAAUUUGCAGGACCUGGACGUGGCCAUUGAGGAGUGGCCGAUCCUGCUUGUUAACCAGCUCAAACUUCGGGACACCAUCAUUGAGAGUCUGCACAGCGUCAUCAGGGAGCUGGUGGGCCACGGACAGGUGUUGGAGCAGGACCUGGACUACCUGAAGCUGAAGAUCCUCGAGCUACAACAGGAGGCAAAGAAGAGGGCUAAGGAGAACCAACAGAAGACCCACAAGACCCCGGCCAAGGAAGCUGAGAGCCAAACAACCGAGGAGGACCUGACUGAGGCUUGGAGCAGGUGGUACUACGGCCGCUGGGGGGACUACUACAGCGAGUGUGACCCUUCCUCCUCCUCCUACUGGCCGGGUCACUACACUCAGCAGAGCACCGUCCCCUCCAGAGCCAAGGACCCCAUGAAUGAGGAGACGCAGCAGGAAACAGCAGAAGAGGAACACGAAGGAGCUGCAGAGGAGCCACAAGCAGUGAAUCUUGAGGAGGAGGAAAAGGAGAAGAAAAAUGAAGAUGCAAGUCACUGUACUGCAAAAUCUGAUGACACAAAGCACACCGAGAAGAGGAAAAAGCUGAAGGCCAAGAGGAAGAAGGAGCGGCACAAAAGUGAGAAGGCCUCCAAGGAAGAAACAGGUAAAGAGAGUGAAAAAGAAGAGGUCACGGAAAAGAGUACGAGGAGGAUGAGGAGGGAGGAGAGGAGAAGGAAAGCGAGGAGAAACGCAAGCGGUGAAAACAGACAAAUCAUAACCAGAUCCAGAUCCAGAUCCACAUCCACUGCAGUAAAGACCAGACUACCUCAAGAGGACGUAACCGCCGACACAAGUACCAAAGAGAUGAAUGGCAAGGAGGACGAGAAGGAAGGGAAUGAAAAGAGCCUUGGAUGGGACACCUCGGAGAGCAUCACGCAGCAGGUGGCAGCAGUGGCAGCGCAGGCGGUGGUGGAAACAGGCUAUGUCUUCCAGGAGGAGCUGGGCUUGUACUAUGACUACAACACUGGCUACUACUACAAUGCUGAGAAUGGGCUUUACUACGACACAAAGAGCGGCACUUACUUCUACUAUGACCACAGCACCCAGAGUUACCAGUUCCACUCCCAAGUCAGUCCCUCCGACGCCGCUGUUACCAAGAGGCGCAAAAAGAAGAAGGCAGACAAGAAGGGGAAGAGCAAACCAUCCAGUAAAAGUGAAGAUUCUCGAGAAAAAGAGGACGGAGAGUUAACAGAGUCUGAUAAAGAACACGAAGACGAGGGGGAGAGCGAGAGUGAAGGCGAGAGAGAGGAGGAAGACGUGACCUCGCCAGAAUGCCAUGAGGAAGAGGGCCCACCAGCGGCAGAAGUUCCUCCCUCUCUGCGGCUGAUGGUGGUGGAGGGCGGGGAGAGGGUGAAGGUGGGGGAGCUACAUGUCGUGACCCUCAAUGGUGGCUUCGUCGGCAGGGAGUCAAGUAACGCUGUCCACCUCCCUGAUCUUAACAUUAGCAAGGUGCACGCCGAGAUAGAGUACCGCAGCUCAGGGCCCGAAGACCACCACUACUUCAUACGCGACGUGGGCAGCAACAACGGCACCUUCGUCAACAGUGUGAGGCUGAGCGAGGCGCGUCAGACCAGCAGUGAAGUAGAGGUGGGCCAUGGGUGGGAGGUGCAGUUUGGGCCCAUCAAGGUUAAAUGUCACCUGCACCCUGGCACCCUCACCUGCAACGAGUGUGAGCCGGGAUUAGUGCUGCAGAACCUUCCCUCGCAGUCAGGAGAAGGAAUCGCCUCCUACAAGAAUGCCAAGUGUAAGGAGAAGGCACGGAGGAAGGAGCUGAAGGCCAUGCAGAAGAAGUACAAAUUGACCCACCGAGAGGCCCAGGCUGCCUCCUCGGUCGUGGCCCCAGGCUACACCGACCGCACCCUCCUACGUCAGGCACAGAAAGGCUCCGACAACCCCUACGAGAAGACUGAAGUGGCAUCUGCUGAGGAGCCCUUGAAGGAAACCAACCGAGGCUUUACCCUGCUGCAGAAGAUGGGGUGGUCGAAGGGGCAAGGGCUUGGCAAGGACAACACCGGCAGGAAAGACCCUAUCCACCAAGUGAGUGUGGUGGGUAAGGCGGGCCUGGGCAGCAGUCAGCCCACAGCCCCGCCACCCCCUGACCCCUGGGCUACGAGGAGGAAGAAGCAGCUGCAGAUAACCCAAGAACGCUUCAACCAACACUAAACAUGACAGACCAAAGCUUUACAAAUAGCAGAAAGUCCACAACACACUGCUCAAACUUAGUAAAAUUGUAAUUGACUUGAAAUAAUGACCCACUAAUUUGGUUUCAGAGUUGUCAAUUCUUCAGUCUUCAGUAAGAGUGUCUAAGUCAUACCAAGGAGAAAAUACAGUAGAAGGAAGAAGACUGUUCCAUUGCCUACCAGUGAAAGGUCCAAAGGAAUGAAGAUAUUGUUUAGCUUCACUGCUGUGCAAGUAAAUUGAACAGGUUAAAUGCCAGUGAAAUGGUCCUCCUGCAGUGUUCAUUGUUGAUUUAUAUACAACCCACACUGGUAAUGCUUCAUGGGAUAGUAAGAUAUUGCAGUGAUCUUGAUAAUUUCCCAGAUCACAAGCAUGGUAGGGUGUGUUCUGGAAGGCUGGGCCGGGUAUAAGCACAGCCCCUCACUGUCUGAAAUCUAAAAUGAAGCUAAAAAAUUAUCAAUCAUGCCGGUAGUUUUAACAAAUUCUAUAAACAGUUGAUAUUAACAUCAAUUACUGAGUGAAUUAUACAUUGUUGUGGCACAUGAUAUUGUAUGUGCUUUCUAUAUGUUAAAGGACUUAAGAAUAUUCACCGGGUACUUUAUGAUAACUAUUAUGUUUGUCUUUCAUAUUGAAAUACCUACGUGAUUCAGAGUAUUUAUUAUAUACAAUUUCUGUGUAUUAUCAUUUGAAUUAAAUGAGCAUAAUAUUUGUACACUCUGUGUACUGGCCUAAUAAACUGUGACACAAUGCAA